UUUUAUUUUUAAGCAAAUUUGUUAAUAUAAAAUGCAACAGGGGAUUUUAAUAGAAUUAGCAAUUUAAAAGGAAGUGCCCUUUAAUUGAUCAUAAACUAGGAUAGGGUCAGAAUUGCAUUCAAUAUGACGAGGACACAGUUAGUUUUUCAUUGUAGUCAACAGAAUAAAGUUGUGCUAAAGCAUAACACAAAACAAAAAAAGGACAUUUAAUACUUGCUAAAUUUGAAUACAUAUCAAAAUUAUCAAUAGAGAAUAAAAAAAAAAACAACACAAGUGAGUGUAUAAUGGGAUUUAAGAAUAUAAUAGUAGCUGUAUUAAUAACAGCAACUAUAUUUGCAAUUAUAUCUGAUGUCAGUGGUAAACGUGGCCGUGGGAGAAGUAGAUCAAAGAGCAGAGUGCAAAUUGGAUUACCUAUUACAGGAAAAUACAGAGACCCGGAAUCUGAUCAAUACUACAAUCAUAAUGAUGGAGCUAAAAUAGUCAUGGCAUCACAUUUCGAUUAUGAAUAUGUGCUUGGACAUAAAAUAGUAUUUGUUUGUGUAGCCAGAGGGAAUCCGAGACCUCAAAUCACUUGGUAUAAAGAUGGUACUGAACUAUAUUAUCAUUAUAAUCACCAUGUGCAUGAAUGGAAUGUUGCCGAGGAUAGCAUUAAAUCUAAAUUAGAAAUUGAUCCAGGAACACAAAUGGAUGCUGGGGUGUAUGAGUGUUCAGCUGACAAUAAAUACAGUAUAGACCGAAGAAGUUUCAAGACAGAUUUCAGUAUAGCAUUUGAAUCAUAGUGAAAAUAAUUAUAAACAAAUGUGCUUCUUAAAUAAAAUACUUUUUUUUUGAUUAAUA